AUGCUUUUCACUGAUGUCGGCAACGGCUUCUACAAGUGUACAUCCUGCGACAAGCAGUACAAGAAGGGCAAUGGCUACACGAACCUGCUGAGCCACCUGCGGCGCAACCACGACAACUACGAGCAAGAGGCCCAGGAGGCGUCACGCCACCAGAACCCGCUGCGCCUACACCUCGUCAGCACACGGACCAGGGACCUAUACCGCUGGCUCGAGUGGGUCGUCUGCGACCGCCUCCCGUUUGCGUUCGUAGAGCGGCGGCUCACGCACCUCAACGCCUCCCUCUCUCUCGUGUCGGAGGACACCCUCUCCAAGUACAUCGUGCUGAUUUUCGAGCUGCUAGAGCUGCGCAUCACUCGCGAGCUCCCUGCAUCGUUCGGCCUCGUUCUAGACGGGUGGACCAGUGGUGGUCGUCACUACAUCGCGAUAUUCGCGGUAUUCGGCAGCGACAGUACCGGUAUUACCGGUGGCGGCGCUGACAACGAGUACUAUGACGAUCUCGAGUGCUCAUCGCGCCGCUUCCUGCUGUUAACAUUCGCUCCAGUAGAGGUCGAGGAAGACAUGGGUGCGCAGAGUCAGUACGACCUGAUCGCUGACACGCUGUCUCGCUAUAACAAGCCCUGGAGCGCGGUGAAGUUCAUGGUGGGAGACAACUGCUCUGUGAACCAAUGCAUCGGCCGGAAGGAAGGGGCUAUCCCCUUCAUUGGAUGUGCUAGCCACAGAUUCAAUUUGGCGGUGAAGGACUUCCUCAAGACCGAGGACGAGCUCAUUGCGAAGGUGCACGCGCUGAUGACCAAGCUCCGGACGAUCAAGGGCCGCGCUCUGCUUCGCCGCGUCUCCCAUCUGUCGCCUCUGUUGAGGAACGACACCAGGUGGUCGAGCACGUACGAGAUGGUGGCGCGCUAUGUGAAGCUCCAGCCCGCCAUAAUCAAGCUGGUCCAUGACCUUCUGGUCCAGUACGAAGUACAGCCACUUUUGCUGCGGCGCGCCGAGCACGAGCGAGCCAAGGCGUUGGAGAAGGACCUGGAGAAGUUCGAGGGAGUCACGAAAGAGCUACAGAGGUCUACGCUAACUUUGUCUGCUGUGCGCCGUCUUUUUGACCAGGGGGUGAAGGAGUACCCUGCACUCAAGUCACGACUGGCCGCAACGGCUCCGAUCGUCAACAACCCGCAUUUAGAACUGGGCCUCGCACCGAGGCGCUCGCAAUACGUGGACGUCGCCUACGUGCCGCCGAUGUCCAACGAAUGCGAGCGCUUUUUUUCGACGGCGAAGCUGGUGCUCACAGACGUGCGGAAGAGUCUCUCCCCCACCAUGCUCGAGAUGCUGAUGUGUCUGCAGUACAACCGCGACUUGUGGGACGUCAACACGGUGGAGCAGGUCCGUGCACGAAUUGGCAGCAAUUAA